UUUUUUCUUGGGAGGUUAUAUUAUGGAUAAGUGUGGCCAAAGCUAUGUGACUAUCCCUACGUCGAUAAAUCUGGGCAUCGCCUUUUUUAUUCUUUCUAAUGCUAAUUCUCUUGCUUCAUUGAUUCUGGCUUCCGUGUUCUUUGGUGUCGCGGAGUCUACCAGCUCUGGAAUGUUGCUGUCACUUACUGCCAACCAUUCUCCAUCCACUGGCCGCGCUCCCUUCAUGGGUCUUAUACGAACUGUGCAGGACUCUGGGCAAGUGCUUGGGCCAAUGGCUUCGGGCGUAAUUAUGGACUACUUUGGUUUUGCCUCUGUGUGUUACGUCAUGGGGGCUGUGGGGAUGCUCAGUGCCCCUUGGGCAUACUUCUUGAUUCCGGAAAAACCGCCUUGUCAUCUGGAAGAAGAGGCGGCGAAUUUCAGUGAGGGAUCUGCCGCUGUAACCUCACUUGUUACGGAUGAGGAAGGGAAAAAAAAGGAAUUUCUUGUUGUUGACGCCGAGGGUGAAAGAUGUUUAUCGUUGGACGAAGAGCUGUCACUAUUCGAUGACGCCGUGUCGGAGAAGGAGUCUGUGAACAUGGUGGUACCGAAGGAAUGA